AUGACAUUCACUGCCAGCAACGCGGACGUCAAGUCAAGAAUCCAGGACAGCGAGGUCCCCGUGCCUUGGUGUGGGGAGUUCGACAGAAUGAUCAAUGGAAUGAGCUUUUCAACCUCAAACUCCGAGGUCCUCAUGGAGAAGAAGCUUUCGACCCUCCAGAAGCUGAACCAGUUCAAUGAUGUCUCCAUUCCAGAAGGCAGCACAUUGACUUCCCUGAAGACAAGACGCAUGGCAGUUGCCCAGCAGAUGCUCGGCCGGACUGGUAACAACACUAACAUCGAACCGGCUUUUUUUGUCACCUGGGGCUGCAAUAUCUUUCUCGGUGAUAAUGUCUACAUAAACCGCGACGUAUCGAUCUACGACAAUUCUCUUGUUGAGAUUGGCGACCGAGUCCUCAUUGGCCCCGGCGUCUGCAUCUGCACCGGCACCCAUCCAAGCGCUGCCUCGGCGCGGAAAAAAUGCGACGGUACCUCUUUCGCAUUACCCAUCAUCAUUGAAGCUGACUGUUGGAUCGGUGCCCGUGCAACUAUUCUACCGGGCAUCCGGAUCGGGAAGGGAACCACGGUGGCGGCGGGAGCAGUGGUGACUCGCGACGUGGCUCCGGGAUGCCUUGUGGGUGGAGUCCCUGCGAAGGUUAUCCGGAACUUGGAUUAG